UUUUCUUAGUUUAGCCUCUGUCACUUGCGCACUCUCCCUCGGCGAAAAAGAUAGCAAAAGGUACGUUUGAUCCGAACACCCAAACUUUUUCUCAUCCGUCCAGCAGCUCAGUCGCCCUCCCUCUGUAUCCGCAGACUGCCAGUCGCAGACAGGGUUUCAAAAACCUCUAAGACGGAACUCAACCAGAGAAGAUCGUAAAAAAUCAGAUAAAUAACUGAAAUAUAUGAAACAGAUUUUAGAGAAGGUCUGAUGAAAAAUAUUGGAAAAGAACGUAAAGUUAGAUCCUUUCCUUCUAAUAUAUAUCCGUAUACAUUUGUAGUUCUUCUUCUCCGGUCAGAUCUCCUUCAUCCAUGAAGCCUCCAAUCAUAGCGCCUCUCGCUCCUCAGUUGAGAAGCCCGGGCAUUUGCUCAUGAAACCGAGGCGUUGGACCUAUUUUUGGGACUUGAGAAUACACGGCCGAAAUUGAUUAUUUGAGGUCACAAUAUUUUUCGUUUUUAUUGGGUUUGGUUGUUCUUUGUUUGUUGUUGUUCCUGAUAUGGGGAGUAGUUCUGGUGAGGCCAAAUCCAACGGCAUCGAUGCGUCGGUGGGCGGGUUGGUUUGGGUCCGCCGCAGAAACGGGUCGUGGUGGCCGGGCCGUAUAAUGGGCCUCGACGAGUUGUCGGAGGGUUCCUUGGUUUCGCCGAGAUCAGGGACUCCCGUUAAGCUUCUGGGUCGCGAGGACGCAAGCGUGGAUUGGUAUAAUCUUGAAAAAUCCAAGAGGGUAAAGGCGUUUCGGUGUGGGGAGUAUGAUGAAUGCAUUGAAAAAGCAAAGGCUUCUGCAGCUAAUUCCAAUAAAAAAGCUGUUAAAUAUGCUCGAAGGGAAGAUGCGAUUCUCCAUGCUCUCGAGAUUGAGAGUGUCCGCCUGGGCAAGGAUCGAUUGGACUUCUUUCAAAGGGAUAAUUUAGUAGGAGACCUUGGUAUUGCCAGAGAGUCACCUAGUAUGUCUCAUUCUGGUGAAGAAAACGAGGAUAUGGAUGAUGAUGCAAGUGAUUAUGAAGACAACUCAAAUUCAGCACCUGAGUUAUCUCAAUCCGGUUUAUCUUUUGAAGAGCCAAAUCAUAAUAAUUCAUAUAAGGUGCAAGCUGUCACAAGAAGAAGAACCCCAAAUGAUUCUGAGGAUGAUGGAACAGAAGGAGUUAAGCGAAUGAGAGGACUUGAGGACCUGGGCAUGGGUAUUGUGUCAAAAAGAAAGACUGGAGGGGUGCUUGAUUUAGUUCAACAAGAUGGUGCUUCACUCUGUGAUUCAAGUGCUGGGAAUUGCAUAUCUAAUGGAAAUCCUGUCAAUGGUAGCAAAAGUUAUUUGUUGUCACUUAAAAGAAAGAGAUCUCAAGUGGCGAAUGUUCAUGAAUUUUUGAAAAGAAAAAGUCGCCGCCGACCAUUAACGAAGGUUUUGGAGAGUACUGCCAUGGUGUUUGUUCCAGUUAUUUGUGAUCAUCUUCCCAGUUCAAGCGGUUCACCUCUUCGGGGCAUAUCUGAUGGUAGGGUUUCGGUUUUAGAAUCUAAUGAUAUGAAGAAAUCUGUGACAGUUAACAAGAAUUCAGAUAGCAUUGGAAUUUUGUGUGAGAAUGGAGUCUCUCUAAAGGCUUCUGAACUUGCUUGUGAUGCUUCCGAUAUCGUUUACAAGACGAAGGAGAGUGAAACUUCCAGUGUAACUGCGUUGGUGGAGAAUGAUUCUUCUGACAGGUUAUUUGAUGUACCAUUUGUUGGGGUCCUUGAGGAGGAAAAACACUCUGCAGGUCUUUCGCCUAUACCUGUGUCUUUUUCAUCAGUAAGGCCUCACAUUGCUGCACUGGGAAGGCAAUCUAGUCAGAGUAGUCCAGCUGAAGCUGUAUCUUUGAGACAUGAGGGACUAAACGAAUCUGGUUCUACCAGUUCAGCUGCUGUUCACGUUAAUAAUAUUAGCCAGAGGAUAGAGAAAGGUAGUUCAAAGUGGCAGUUAAAACGAAAGAGGAAUUCAAGAAACUUAAGUAAAAAUAGAAAACAGGUCUCCAGAAAACUUGCGGACAUGGAUGAUGAAUCCAAUGCUUAUUUGGCAGGUAUAGAGCACUUGGAAGGUUCAGAUCAGAAAGUUGAUUGCACUGGCGUUGGUGGAGGCCCCACUUCAUAUAAUUGUACCUCACGACCAAAGUGCAAAUCAAUUGCUGAAGGCCCGGAAGAUGGAUUCAGGGACUGGGGCAAGCAUCUGUCGAGGGAUUCUCAUAUGAGAGUGCCAACAGCUGAGUUGAAGCUAUCACCUGAUGGCUCUUUGACACCUCAAAGGUCACUCCCGUUUCGUCAAUCCCGCUUUACGGUUCGCUCCAGAUAUCAGAUACCAGGUUUUCCUGUCAGAAAUAUUUCUACUGAUGCUUCAUUAUAUGAUGUUAAGAUUGAGGUGAAAGCGAGCUAUCGGCCACAGCAUGUUCCAUUGGUUUCCCUAAUGAGUAAGUUGAAUGGUAAAGCCAUUGUUGGUCACCCUCUCACAGUUGAGGUUUUGGAUGAUGGCUGUUGUGAUGAUCUCUUGAGUAGCAUGGAGUGCAGUCUGGAAGUUGGUGAAAUGCAUAAUGCCGUGAAGCCAAAUUCAGUAACUGGAAGAGUUAGUGCCAAGCACUUGGCAUUGCGACCACGUUUUUCACGUGCCAAAUCACCAAAGAUAAAGAAAUCUGGGUUAUUGUCUAAAAAGACGCGGAAACUGUCUUCAUUGACUGGUCACAAGCAGUUCGAAGAAGAGCGGAAACCAAUGAUAGAAAAGCCCAAAGGUCCUGUUAUGGCGUGCAUCCCUUUAAAAGUAGUAUUCAGUAGAAUAAAUGAAGCAGUGAAUGGAUUGGCACGGCCAACGCACCGUGUGUUAAAAUCAUGCAUCCCAUGAAUUUCUUGCGGGGGAGGAGUUGCAGAUGCUGGGUUCUACCCAACUUUGGUUUGGUAUCUUCGGGGUUUUUUUUCUUAAAAAAAAAAAUUUCAGUUUAGCUGCGUAGUUGCUGCUUUUAUUUAACUGUGCUCUGUUUGUGGCACAUAUGCCAUGAAGGUAGAAUCCUUGUGUAAGUGUACACAGUCAUGACAUUUCCAUGUAGAGCUGGUAGGAGUGCACUUGACGGAGGCUGCUUUUGGCUCUGUAUAUAAUGUAACAUUAUGUAAAGAUGGUGGAUCUGGUGACCUGAUAUAGGUCUUUAAUUUGAGUUCAAGUUGAUUCAGAGGCAAUAACUUCAUUCCCCAGAGUGCUUGGUUAUUGGACAUGAUUUGUAAUUUACUCAAUCCACCUGUUUUUCUAUUACUUGAAUCCAAGUACUUUUGUCUUCA